AUGAUAGAACCCACAAACGCUAUGCAACAAGAUGUGAAAAAAGACAAAGCAGUGAUUGCAUAUUUGUUCCAGGCAAUACCGAAAGAUAUGGUUUUGCAAGUGGCAAAUUGCAAAACAGCAAAAGAGAUAUGGAACACAUUGAAGACGAGACAUGUUGGUAUAGACCGAGUGCAAAAGGCGCGUUUACAUACACUCAUGUCAGAAUUUGAGUUAUUACAAAUGAAGGAAGAUGACACCAUAGACGAGUUCACUGCAAAGAUCAAUAGUAUUGUUACACAGGCAAGCGAGUACGGAAGUACAUUGAAUCAAUCCACUCUGGUACGAAAACUUCUAAACGCCGUGCCAAAUAGAUUUAUUCAAAUAGUUGCAUCGAUCGAGCAAUACUCCGAUCUAGACACAAUGACACUAGACGAAGCUAUUGGUAGAUUAAAAACGUAUGAGGAAAGGUUAAAGUUAAAGAAAAAGGAAAGCCCUGUGAACAAUCUAGAAGAACUCUUGUAUGCGGGUCACGGACAACAUGUUGGAAAUCGUGGACGAGGGAGAUUCAGUUCGUCACGAGGCCGGGGGAGAAGCAAUUAUCAACAUAGGGGUUGUAGGAUCGUGUUUUGA